CCGUGUUGUAACGUUAAGGAGGGAGGGAGGCGAGGACACAGAGUGAAGCAGUGAAGCGCGUUAAACGCCUGAAUCUACCGGACACUAUCCGAGAUGGAGACUUUAUCCAAACUCGCCUUCAGUUUAUGGAUUUAUUGUUUAUUCCAAACAGAUGUUGGACUAGGCUCCAACAUCUGUACUUCUCGAGGGGCCAGCACAUGUCAGCAGUGUCUGGCUGUGCAUCCUACCUGUGCCUGGUGUUUUGAAGAGGGAUUUGGACACAAUGUCUCUGGAUCCUCCCGGUGUGACCUAAAGAAGAAUCUUAUAGAAGCAGGAUGCAGUAAAAGAGCCCUGGAGUAUCCCACCAGCAAAACGUCUGUAACAGAGGACAAGCCUCUUAGUGACAAAGCCUCUGGAUCCACCACCGACGUCACACAAAUCAAACCACAACGCAUGCACAUCACUCUUAGACCUGAUGAUUCUCAAGUCUUCAAACUUAAAGUCCGGCAAGUUGAGGAUUACCCUGUGGAUCUGUAUUAUCUGAUGGACCUGUCCUACUCCAUGAACGAUGACUUGUCUCAGUUACGGAAACUGGGACGGGGGCUGGCUGAAGAGAUGAGUAAAACCACCAGUAAUCUGCGAAUGGGCUUCGGGGCUUUCGUGGAUAAACCGGUGUCUCCGUACAUGUACAUCUCCCCUCAGGAGGCUGUGUUAAAUCCCUGCUAUUCGAUCCCAUACAAGUGUCAGCCUCAGUUUGGCUACAGACACGUUCUCUCUCUGACGGAGGAGGUGAGCCGCUUUACAGAGGAGGUGAAGAAACAGAAGGUGUCUCGCAACAGAGAUGCUCCAGAGGGAGGCUUUGACGCCAUCAUACAGGCAGCUGUCUGCAAGGAAAAGAUUGGUUGGAGGCCGGGUGCAUCUCACUUACUGGUUUUCACCACAGAUGCCAAGACACACGUGGCGCUGGACGGGCGCCUGGCAGGCAUUGUGCGUCCCAAUGAUGGCCAAUGCCAUGUGGGCACAGACAACGUGUACAACAUGUCGACAACUAUGGACUACCCAUCCCUGGCAUUAAUCACAGAGAAAAUGUCUGAAAACAACAUAAAUCUCAUUUUCGCUGUGACCAUCCAUGUAGAAUCACUAUAUAAGAACUACAGUGAACUAAUUCCUGGCACUGCAGUGGGGAUUCUGUCUGAAGAUUCGCACAAUGUCAUCCAGUUAAUACAGGACGCAUACGCUAAACUGCGCUCUAAGGUUGAGCUGGAGCUCUUGAAUGUCCCUGAAGAGCUCAGUCUGACAUUUAAUGCCACGUGUCUCAAUGGAGAGGUCAUCCCAGGACUGAGAUCUUGCUCUGGACUCAAAAGAGGAGAUACAGUGUCAUUUACAGUAGAGGCUCGGGCCAGGGGCUGCCCCAAACAGAAACGCAAGACCUUCACCAUCAAGCCCGUGGGCUUCAAAGAUACCCUGCAGAUCACAGUCAACUUCGAGUGCGAGUGUAAAUGUCAAGCGAAGGCCGAGCCUGACAGUCCCGUCUGUCACCAUGGCAACGGCACCUACGAGUGCGGGAUAUGCCUGUGUAACCCGGGACGACUGGGCCCCAGGUGUGAGUGUGCAGAGGGGGACUACAGCCCCACUAAGCAGGACGCCUGCAGCGGGCCGGACAGAGUGGUCUGCAGCGGCCGGGGUGACUGCGUGUGCGGGCAGUGUGUUUGUUACAAUAAUGAUUUCGGCAAGGUGUGGGGGAAAAGAUGCGAGUGUGAUGAUUUCAGCUGCCUGCGGUAUAAAGGAGAGCUCUGCUCAGGUCAUGGAACAUGUUCCUGUGGGUUUUGCCAGUGUGAUCCAGAUUGGAAGGGGGAAAACUGUAACUGUUCUACUCGCACAGACACCUGUAUGUCCAGUUUAGGGCUGCUGUGCAGUGGGCGUGGCCAGUGUGUUUGUGGAAGCUGUGAGUGCACUCAGCCUGGGGCCUACGGCUCUACCUGCGACAAAUGUCCAACUUGUCCUGAUGCCUGCACCUUGAAGAAGGAUUGUGUCGAGUGUAAACACUUUAAAAGAGGCAAACUAUUCGACGAUGAAACAUGCGGUCGAAUCUGCAGAGAUGAAAUCAGACUGGUGGAUGAUCUGGUGUAUCAUGAUAAGAAUGCAGUCAAUUGCACCUACAAGGAUGAAGACGAUUGCGUGCAAAGGUUUCAGUACUAUGAAGACAACAGCGGCAAAUCCAUCUUGUUUCUAGUCAAAGAACCAGACUGUCCUAAAGGUCCUGAUAUUUUGGUGGUGCUCCUGUCGGUAGCAGGUGCCAUCUUAUUCUUGGGUCUGGCCGCCCUGCUCAUCUGGAAACUGCUCAUCACCAUCCACGAUCGCCGUGAAUUUGCAAGGUUCGAGGAGGAACGGGCGCGUGCCAAAUGGGAAACGGGCCACAACCCACUCUACAAAGGGGCUACAUCAACAUUUACCAACAUUACAUAUCGAGGCAAAGACUGACUACAGUGACUGACACGAACUUCACAGGGUUGACAGAUAAUAUCUGUCUUUCUCAAGUGUGUAAACCAUCUUCUAACCAUUUUGUGAUCAUGCAAGAGCAAGAACAGAAAAGUGUUGUACAUUUUACAGCUGUAAAUAUGUACAGUCAAAAAUAACAAGGUUAUUCAGUCGGACUUAUACUAUCUCUUCAGAAAAGUCUUACAUUUGUUUGUCACUGGAUAAAUCAUAAUCUUUAGACUAAUGUCAAGUCGUAUAUUUGUCAGCACAGUGCCUUGAGAGAUUAGCUGCUCAUUUCAGCAGCACACGCCAAACUAUUUCCUCUCUCUUUCCACUCGCAGCGGGCUGUGACAGAUAUGAAUGCGAACAGCCUGAGCAAUUGUUGCAACUACUGAUGGCUUGUGUUAACACUGUAUCCCUCAUUAUGAGAAUGACAUGUUCUUAUUUAAAGCUGUGGAUAUAGCUUUAUUAAUAUUCCGAAACUACACCAUUCUUGAUCAUUCAGGCUUUAAGUAGGCUACUGAAUUUUGGAUGUGUAUGCCUUGUUCCAAAAUCUAAGAUCCAACCCAGAAGUCCUGUAUACACAUUAUUUGUUGUACUGUAAGUAUUGUCUGUUGCAUUAAAUGUUCAAUAAAAAUAACGACGAAAUGUAAUUCUUAAGAUGAUAGAAUGACAAAAGCCAUUCUCAAGAAGGUAACAGUGCCCCCUAACGGGAAUUAAAUUAACUUCUGGAUUGACUAUUUUUGCACUGUUAGACCAUAGUACUUGUUAAUUAUAAGUAACAAGCACUAUUAAGUGUAAUAUAAUUCAUUUAAUUAUUUUUAUUUUAUUGUUGGCGAGUGGGGUUAUUAUGGGAUUAAUAAAGGACAUUGCUAAAAAGUU